AUGGCCUCCGUCGCGUCUCGCUCAGCCUCAGCCCUUCGCGCUGCUUCUCGCCGUGUAUCUCGUUCCGGCGCAAAAAUUGCAGCUAAGCCUGCACAAAUCGCGUCCUACUCUUUGCUUGCUCGUCAGGCUUCGGCAGGUAGCUCGCAUAAACCCACCCUGCAGGCUGCUCGAGGCGUAAAGACGCUCAACUUUGCUGGCACUGAGGAGGUUGUGUACGAGCGGAGCGACUGGCCUCUCGCGAAGCUCCAGGACUACUUUAAGAAUGAUACCCUUGCUCUUAUCGGUUAUGGUUCUCAGGGCCACGGUCAAGGCUUGAAUGCUCGCGACAACGGCCUCAAUGUUAUUGUUGGUGUCCGAAAAGACGGCGAGAGCUGGCGGCAGGCUAUGGAGGAUGGCUGGGUUCCUGGAGAAACGCUUUUCCCCAUCGAAGAAGCCAUCAACCGCGGCACGAUCAUCAUGAACCUUCUCUCUGAUGCUGCACAAUCACAAACGUGGUCUACCGUUGCACCUCUGAUCACCAAGGGCAAGACCCUUUACUUCUCGCACGGGUUCUCUGUUGUAUACAAGGAGGACACAAAGGUUAUACCCCCCAAAGACGUUGAUGUUAUCCUAGUCGCACCCAAAGGAUCUGGUCGUACCGUACGCACCCUCUUCAAGGAGGGUCGUGGGAUCAACUCUAGUGUAGCCGUCUUCCAGGACGUCACUGGUAAGGCCAUGGAAAAGGCCGUUGCUAUUGGUGUUGCUGUCGGUUCAGGGUACAUGUAUGAGACCACCUUCGAGAAGGAGGUUUACUCCGAUCUCUAUGGUGAACGUGGUGUGCUCAUGGGUGCCAUCCAGGGUCUGUUCUGCGCGCAGUACAAGGUGCUUCGUGCCAACGGCCAUUCACCUUCGGAAGCCUUCAAUGAAACCGUCGAGGAGGCCACCCAAUCCUUGUACCCCUUGAUUGGACAAAAGGGCAUGGACUACAUGUACAACGCCUGCUCCACAACCGCUCGCCGCGGUGCGCUCGAUUGGGCACCCAUCUUCGAGAAGACCAACACGCCUAUCUUUGAGCAGUUGUACGAGAGCGUGCGGAAUGGUACGGAGACUCGCAAGUCUCUCGAAUUCAACGGCCGCUCCACAUACCGCCAAGACCUUGCCAAAGAGCUGAAGGAGAUCGACGACCAGGAGAUUUGGCGUGCAGGCAAGGUUGUGAGGUCGCUGCGCCCCGAUUACAAAGCUGAGUAA